AUGCUCACAGCAACAGCUUUGCCAACUGCUGCAUCACCUGAGAGGAGAUGCAGUGCUCUAGCCUUCCAACUGCCCGCUGCUGACAUCAGCACGCCUCACCAGCUGAGACCACCAACGUCACAGAGGGCACUGGCCGCCUACUCAGUCCUUCCUUCGCCGAUCACCUACGGCACCUAUGAAGCGUUGUCUGGUACCAUCAACCUGAACGAGGGGGGCACGAGACACGCGGUGACGGAGAUUCAUAGUCAUCUGGGCUACAGUCCUGAUGAUUCCUGGCUCAACGACAUCGCUGUUUUCAAGGUGAGCCCAGAAUUUCCAAUAGAUGGAGUCAACGUGGCACCCAUACAGCUGCCAGAGCCGGCAGAGGAGGUUCCAGAUGGAGUCAACGUCACCGUCAUAGGUUGGGGAGAUCUGUGGUAUGGAGGACCGCAGCCAGACAACCUGCGCAAAGUGGACUUGGGAGUAGUAAACCAAGAGGAAUGCCAAGCGGUGUGGGGCGAAGAUGGCUACGCCAUCUAUCCUACGCAGAUGUGUGCUGCUCGCUUCGAGGAGAAAAACUACGACUCCUGCUACGGUGAUUCAGGUGGUCCGCUGCUCUACGAGGGAAAGAUUGUGGGGAUUGCGUCGUGGGGAUACGAGUGUGCUACCCCUCCAUACCCCUCAGUCGCCACCCGUGUCUCCAUGUACAUAAACUGGAUCAUUGAGAACACGAACGGAACAUUGGUGCCGCACUAG